AUGAAGAAGGCAGAGGUCUGUUGCGGUGGUGAAAGCUCUGAAAUAGUCUCCGACAAUGCCUUCAAGCAAUCAAUACUACCGGAAGCUCUGGAGGAUUACAAGAAAGCGCUAAACUUUCCCGCCGCAACUUGCACAUUCAAAGCAUUGAACGAAGAUGUAUCUCAAUUGCUUGACACACAAGUCGUGCUCCAUGGAUAUAUUGGGACACGUCGAGAUGCUUCGAAGAACCUCACGUUUGCGGAGCUGCAUGAUAUGCACCUUCGGUCGACUGUUCAACUCGUUUCCACUGCCUCAGAGGCUCAAGGGGAAGGUGAAACACCACACCGCACGCUUCGGGACGUAGCAGAGCAUACGCCGGUUGCCAUAUCUGGAAUCGUAAAGGCAAGGAAGGCACCGAAGAAAAGCAGUGAUCCCUUGGAUGCUGGUCGAAUUCUGAUCACAAGCUGCGAGGUCAAGAUCGAACAGAUCACGCCACUGAACACAUUUCCGAAGUCAAUCAUCAUGGAAGCAGACACAGUCUUCCCACCAGAGCAUCGCCAUCUCCAAAUUCGGAAUGAGAGGAGUCUACGCGAGGCACUCCUUUUUCGAAGCAAUAUCACUCGCACGAUUCGAGACGAGCUCUGCGAUCAGCAUGGCUUCGCCGAGAUUGAAACACCACUUCUGUUCAAGUCUACACCAGAGGGCGCUCGAGAAUUCUUGGUUCCGACUCGGACGCCUGGGUUAGCUUAUGCUCUACCCCAAAGUCCACAGCAGUACAAACAGAUCCUCAUGGGCAGCGGCAUCCCACGAUACAUGCAGAUUGCCAGAUGCUUCCGGGAUGAAGAUCUUCGAGCGGACAGACAGCCCGAGUUCACCCAAGUCGAUCUGGAAAUGGCGUUUGCGAGCAGCGAGGAUGUGAUGGCAGUGAUAGAGUCCGUUAUCAGAAGACUUUGGCGGGAGCACCUCGAUAUUCCGGAUUUGCCCACCAAGUUUGAUCGAAUGACUUACGACGAUGCGAUGGCGAAGUACGGCUCCGACAAACCGGAUUUACGACUUGGCUCAGAAAUGCAUCGGAUCGAAUACAUGCUUCCCGUAUCCCUCGUCCGCACAAUCGGUCCACUUUCCGAUCCAGCAGUCGAAGUCCUCAAGAUUCCCAUCUCCGAAGACCCAAGAGAAACCCGUGACUUCGUCACCGCCUUCAUGGACGCCCCAGAAGCGCAACCCUUCAUCAAUAAUCCUCACGGUCAACCGGGCAUUUUCAUCUACGACUCCCGCAAACCUCUGUCUGGUAUUCAUCCUUUCGGCUUCGAAGCAGCCGAAUACCUCGAAGAAACUCUCUCCCUUGAAGACGGCGACCUCAUCGUCCUGCAAGCCCGGCCCAAUAUUCCUCCCACCGGCGGCUCCACUCCACUCGGCAAUUUACGCCUCGCCCUGCACAAAGCCGCCAUGAAAGCAUCCCUCCUCCCAGCUCCUACCGGCUUCGCCUUCACCUGGAUCACCAGCUUCCCACUCUUCACUCCAUCCUCCACUUCCGCCUCCGAACCCGGCCAAGGCGGAUCCGCCGGCCUCUCUGCAACUCAUCACCCCUUCACCGCGCCACUCUCCGCCGAAGACCUCGCCCUGCUCCCUUCCGAUCCCCUCUCAGCAAAAGCCGCCCACUACGAUCUCGUGCUCAACGGCGUCGAGCUCGGCGGCGGGUCUCAGCGCAUCCAGAACGCGGCCGUGCAAGAGUACAUAAUGCGGGACAUCCUGCAGAUGAGCGACGAGCGGGUGGAAGAUUUCCGGCACUUGUUGGAUGUGCUGCGGGCAGGGUGUCCGCCGCACGCGGGGAUUGCGUUGGGGUUGGACCGUCUGGUGGCGGUCAUGUUGGGUCGGGAGUCGGUAAGGGAUGUGAUUGCUUUCCCAAAGAGUGGCAGAGGGGAGGAUUUGUUGGUCAAGAGUCCUACGAGGUUGACGGAGGGGCAGUUGGCGACUUAUCAUCUCAAGUUGAAGGAGUGA